UUUUCUUAAAAUACAUAUUAUUUUUUUUAUUUAGAAGUUUAGAACACUAUCGACUAAACAUAAUUCAAAAAAUAGUUAUGCAUUCCCUUUGUCUUUGUCUAUAUAUGUCUUAUUUGACUUUUCACAAUUUUUAUGUGUGUAUUAUGCACGUAGAAUUAAAAAAAAUUAAAUAUUCUUAAAAUACGUGACUAUAUUAUUUCUUAUAAAAUAAUGAAAUUUUUUGGAUUUAUAGCCAAACUUUCUUAAAAAAAAAAAAAAAAAAAAUCAUCAACUACUCACAGUGUGUCAACUAAAUACGGGCUUAGAGAUCGAAUAUACUUCGUAUUGUUUUGAAAUAUGUACUUUAAUUUAAUAAAUCGUUGUUGAUAGGCUCAAUAACAAAGUACAAAACAAAACACUUUAUUUUAUAUUAUACGGAGUAGUACGUUAUUCUUUUUAAACAUCAAUUUAUUAAUUAUUUAAGCAUUUUAUUUAAACAACAUGAACCUAAUACACUAUUAGUAUAAUCCCCCACCCUUUCCACAACCCCAAAAGUGGACAAACUUGCCCCCCACUAUCUUCCCUCCUUUUCUACUCAACCUUCAUUGUUCUAUAAAUUAACACGUCCAACUUUGACGUCCUUCCUUCACACAUUUCAUGUAACAAAACACAACAUAAAGUGUUCAAAUUUAUGUGUUGAAAAUCAAUUUGAGCAAAAAAAAAUGGGGAGAGAUUUAUGUGUAGGAAAUGGGUUUUGUGCAAAAUCAAACAAAAAAUGGGAGGGAUUUGAGAAAUAUAUCAAUGAAGCUGUUUUAAACAGUGUAAUUGGUAGGUUUUUCAAGUUAGAUGCUAGAAAAAGUUGUUUUACAAAGGAGUUACGUGCUGCCACUACUACUUUCUUAACCAUGUUGUAUAUUAUUACUAUAAAUGCUAGUGUUAUUGCUGAUUCUGGCGGCCGAUGUUCGGCCGCUGAUUGCUCGCCCCCGGGUGGGGCUGAUUGUGUCCUAAAGCCUAACCCGGGGUACGAGAAGUGUCUAGCUCAACUCAAGAAAGACCUUAUUGUGGGUACCGCGUUAUCAUCCUUUGUGGGGUCCGUUGCUAUGGGCUUAUUUGCUAAUCUCCCGUUUGGGUUGGCCCCUGGGAUGGGGUCCAACGCUUACUUGGCUUACAACUUGGUGGGCUUUCAUGGGAGUGGGCCCAUGUUGUACGAGACCGCCCUUGCCGUGGUCCUUGUUGAAGGAGCCGCUUUCCUUCUUAUCGCGGUGCUCGGGCUUCGGGCCAAGUUAGCUCGGUUGAUCCCUACACCGGUCCGGCUCGCUUGUGCCGGAGGGAUUGGGCUUUUCAUUGCAUUCACUGGGCUACAAUCUCAUCUUGGAUUGGGCCUGGUGGGCCCUGAUUCGUCCACAUUAUUGACCCUCACGGGUUGUCGGGUCACCGACCCAACUACGGGCCAGUGUGUGGAAGGGACCAUGCAAAGCCCAACUUUAUGGUUGGGCUUAGUGGGCCUCUUGAUAAUAUCAUAUGGGCUUAUGAAGAAUAUCAAAGGUAGCAUGAUAUAUGGUAUUCUUUUUGUUACAUUUAUAUCAUGGUUUAGAGGUACAAGCGUUACAUAUUUUCCACACACUAUAAUUGGUGACGCAAGCUACGAUUAUUUCAAAAAAGUGGUGGAUUUUCAUAUGAUAAAAUCCACAGCAGGUGCAAUUAGUUUUGCACAUUUUAAUACUAGUCAUGUUUGGGUAGCUCUGGUGACAUUAUUAUACGUAGACGUGUUAGCUACGACGGGUACAUUAUACACUAUGGCCGAAGUUGGUAAUUUUAUAGACGAUAAAGGUAGUUUUGAAGGUGAAUAUGCCGCGUACAUGGUUGAUGCAAGUUCUACCAUAGUAGGGUCCGCCCUAGGCGUUUCCCCUAUCGCCACGUUCAUUGAGUCAACAGCCGGGAUCCAAGAAGGGGGCCGAACAGGAUUAACCGCGGUAAUUAUUGGGAUUUACUUUUUAUUGUCAUUAUUUUUUACCCCACUAAUGACUAGUGUACCACCAUGGGCUAUAGGGCCAGGACUAAUAGUAGUUGGUGUUUUGAUGAUGAAAGUGGUAAAAGAGAUUGAUUGGAGUAACAUGAAAGAAGCAAUGCCAGCCUUUAUUACCAUAAUACUUAUGCCCUUAACUUACUCCAUAUCCAAUGGGAUAAUAGGAGGAAUUGGGUUUUACGUCGCGCUAAGUUUGUAUGAUUAUGGUGUAACGAUUAUCAAGUGGUUGAUUAAGAUGAGAAGGACCGUGAUUAGGGAAGAAAAUCAAGUAAUCGCGGUUGCUGUGCCUGAUAAUGAAGUUUGAUGUUGAAGUUAUAAGCAUGUUUAGAUGGUUAAUUAGUAGUGUAUUAAAUUAGCUAGCUUAAUUAGUGAGAAUGUACGUACUACAUGUAUGCACAAGGUUCAAUGAGAGCUUCAUAUCCUUGUACUCUUGUAGAGAGUAGAUUAUCAGACAUAGGUUUAGUAAUCUUUCAAGGCUUCUUGUGCAUGCAUUUUGAAUAUAUAAAUAUAAAAUCUAAAUUUGAGCAUUUAUUUGGAUUAUGGUUUUUUUUUUUUUAUUAUUAUUAUUAUUUA